AUGUCAUCAAACCAUGCCAAUCUUGAUGCGGCAUCCAUCGACCGCAAAGCCCGGCUUGCCAAGCUCGCAGCUCUAAAGCGCAAGCAACCCGAGCAAGACACAAAAGAGGCCAGCGCUGAAGACGAGGAGCUGCCCGAUGCCAAUGCCGACAACGAUGCCACGCCGGACGUGACCACAAAAUACCUGUCCGGCCGCAACUACGACCCCGAGGCCCGCGGGCCUAAACUAGGCUUCGAGCACGCCCCGCAAGAGGGCCAGGUGACGCUGGAGGCACAGGCGGCUGCAAUUGCAAAGGCCACAGCGGAACAAGCCAAGGAGGAUGAAGAUGCCGAUGAACCCAUUGAUCUGUUCAAACUACAACCUAAGAAACCCAACUGGGAUCUGAAGCGCGAUUUGAGCGAAAAACUCAAGACUCUCGAUGUACGGACGGACAAUGCAAUUGCCCGCCUUAUACGUCAGCGUGUAGAGGAAGCGCAGCGUGCUGCGAAGGCAAAUGGGGCCAAAUCUAACGGAGAUGACCAGGGAGAGGAAGUGGGCAUGGCGGGUGAGACGCUCGUUGAGAGCAUCCAUAUACGCGAACGAGAGGAAGAGAAAAGCGACGAAGAAAUGAUUUGA